AGGUUGUCGUUGUAGUUGGGCAAGUCGAGAAUUUAGUUUUAUUAAAUUAGGGUAAGAAUAGGACGUUGUGAAUAAAAAAGUUAUAAUGAUACAACAACAUAACUCGGUGCAGUGUUGAUGAUUCAUUUCUGUUCCAGAACUGUGUUCAGGUUUUCGUUUCUCUUUUUACGGAAACGAUUCAUGUUGUUAUUUAUUGUUUCGAUUCAACUUAUGUUCGGUAGUCAAUCUAUAUAGUAAAUGAUCACGGUGACAAAAGUGUAUGUUGGUUUUAAGUGUAAGAAUAAAUUGUUGUAAUGUAAAUAAAAAAAUAUUGUUUGCUCGCGCAUGCGUUUGUGUCAAAAACAGACAAAGGUUUUGUAUGGUUUGGAAAUCAGCUGUAUUUUAUGUGCAAUGACUUAGUGAUACAAAAGUGUGUGUUUGCAAGCGACAAUGUACAGUGAAAUUGGAUACAUAGUUUUUCUACUUCUUGCUCUACCGUAUAUCGAAAGUGCUUCUCGCCGGCGUCUUAACGAGUACAUCGAGCACUACGAGGGUCUGGAAUACGACGCAGACACAUUGCACCAGCAACACUUGCGCGCACGUCGCUCCAUAGACGCGCCAGAAGACUUGAGACUUCACUUCCGCGCGCAUGGGAAGAAGUUCCACCUACGACUGCGGCGGGACUUGUCCGCCUUCAGCGAAGACUUUAAAGUUGAAGGCGCGCAAGGGCAGAUACAUGAAGUCGACACAUCACACAUAUACCACGGAGAGUUGGCGGAUGAUCCGCAAUCGAAGGUGUUCGGCUCGGUGACGGACGGUGUUUUUGAGGGGAAGAUCAUAGCGAGCGAUGGCUCGUUCUAUGUGGAGCAUGCUCGCCGAUAUUUCCCUCCAAAUGGCACUCGCACGCGAGUCCACUCCGUCAUCUACCGGGAGGGUGACGUUAGCGACCCCUACGCCCAUCGAAGACAUGGUCACGUAGGCGGUUGCGGCAUCACAGACGAAGUGGUGCAAUGGAUGGAGCGCAUCCAGAACUCGGGCGUCGACGAUGAGCCGCAGACGUCGCCAGCUCCUGGACCGACACCGACCACGCACGGCCAUCAUGCCCCAGCCUCCCCACCACCACAUCCCAACAGCUUACGAGACGACGAGCCCAGAUACUGGGAUGUACACCAUUACAACAAGUACUCGCGCGCAGCGAACACAGGCGAGCACACGCGCUCGCGACGCGACACGUCCGACAAACGCGACAACUUCGACAAUCGCAACGCCUGCUCGCUCUACAUACAGACAGACCCGUUAAUAUGGCGGCAUGUUAGAGAGGGAUUUCCUGAUCAUCGGGAUCCGAGCAAGAAAAGCGAGGUGGACAUGAAGACUCGAGAGGAGAUCCUUUCUCUCAUUUCCCACCACGUGACCGCCGUCAACUAUAUCUACAGUUACACCAAGUUCGACGGACGACUGGAGCACAGGAACAUCAAGUUUGAAGUGCAGAGGAUUAAGAUCGACGACGACUCAAUGUGCAAAGGGCACGAGUUCGGCAGCGAGACGAACCAGUUCUGCUUGGAGAACAUUGACGUGUCCAACUUCCUGAACUUGCACUCGCUCGGCAACCACGAGGACUUCUGUCUGGCGUAUGUGUUCACGUACAGGGACUUCACUGGAGGCACGCUGGGCUUAGCAUGGGUAGCGAGUGCAAGCGGCGCAUCUGGAGGCAUAUGCGAAAAGUACAAAACAUACACGGAGACCAUCGGCGGUAUAUACCAGAGUACCAAGCGUUCUCUCAACACGGGCAUCAUCACGUUUGUGAACUACAACAGUCGAGUGCCGCCCAAAGUCAGCCAGCUUACCUUAGCUCACGAGAUCGGACAUAACUUCGGUUCACCGCACGACUACCCCUCAGACUGCCGUCCAGGUGGGCAACAAGGCAAUUUCAUAAUGUUCGCGUCAGCCACAUCGGGCGACCGGCCCAACAACAGCCGGUUCUCAACGUGCAGCAUAGGAAACAUCAGUGCCGUGCUAGACGCCGUGAGAGACGGACGGAAACGCAACUGUCUCAAUAAGACUAAGGGUACUUUCUGCGGAAAUAAGAUUGUGGAGUUUGGGGAAGAGUGUGACUGUGGUUACGAUGAGAACGAGUGCAAAGACCGCUGUUGUUAUCCGAGACAAGUUAGCGAUUACGAUCGAGAGAAGAACCGAACUGCUGUCGGUUGCGCCAGGAGAGCCAACACACAAUGCAGUCCGUCACAAGGUCCUUGUUGUCACGGCGGCACGUGUCAGUUCGUGCCUCCGGCUCGCAACCAGACGUGUCGCGAGGCGUCCGAGUGUAGCCACGCGUCGUUCUGCUCCGGACACUCCGCCGCUUGUCCUGAGCCACGAGCCAUGCCGAACCACACUAAGUGCAAUAACGGAACCCAACUAUGCCUCGGCGGGGAAUGCAGCGGUUCGAUCUGUCUCGCUUGGAACAUGUCAGAAUGUUUCCUCUCAUCAGCCCCUCGUUCGCUCGGUGACGGCGUGUCAGCAGUAGUGGACAGGCGAGCGUUGUGCCAGCUGGCGUGUCAGACGUCCGCUCGGCCUGACUCGUGUCAGAGCACUGCGGACUUCGCGCAUAGAGUCGGAUUGCCGCCGGGAGGGAUCAGUUUGCGGCCUGGAUCGCCUUGUGAUAAUUUCCAGGGUUACUGCGACGUAUUCCUUAAGUGCCGUGCCGUGGACGCUGAAGGUCCGUUAGCUCGGCUCAAGAAUCUCCUCCUAAACCGAGCUACGUUACAAACUGUGCAAGCCUGGGUGACGGAGCAGUGGUGGGCGGUGUUGUUAGCGGGAGUCGCGCUUAUAGUGUGUAUGGGCGCGUUUGUCAAGUGCUGUGCGGUUCAUACGCCUUCGUCGAACCCGAAGAGGCCGCCGGCUAGGCGGCUAUCAGAGACGCUGCGUCGUCCGAUGAACACGCUCCGCCGCAUGCGUCACGCGGGCGGCGCGGCGCGCUCGCCGGGCCGCGCGGCGCCGCGGCCGGGCCACCGCCGCGCGCGGACGCACAAGGGCUACGCGCCGCCGCUUACCUACGCGCAUAGAGACCUUGCAGCGGCAUCAGCGCCAGCAGGUCCGAGCGGGCGACGCAGCUCACCUUACGCGAACGCCUACCCACAAGCGUACGAGAUGCGGCCGCCGCAGAAGGUCUGACAGUACGAGUACUGCGCGGGCGACGCGCUGGAGCUGGUCGCGCUGUACGUGUGCCGGCCGCCGCCGCCCGACCCCCGCACCGUCACCGUGGCCUCGCAGACCACCAUCACGCUGCACUCGCCCGACGCCCUCACCGUCACGCAUCCGCCGAGGCACCAGGCUGAUAUAUAGACCGAUACAUACUCUGUGCCGAUUGUGAGUCGUGCAAGUUGACGUUCUUGAUGCGGAAAUUAUCAUACAAAUUAAUCAGAAAUUUAGAACUGUGUAUUUAAUAAAGCUGUCAUCGGCUUUAUUAUCCGGCAAAAUUAAGGAAGAAGUAAUAUUCACAUCGUGUAAUGUAAUAUACAACUUUUAAUUUCAACCGAGUUAUAAUGUGUCGAGAGCGUUAACUCACAAAACUCGUAAUCAGCACUCAGGUAACGACCACGUGACAAAACGUUAUUUUGUACCUCCCAAGGUACACUUUAUUUGCUCAAUGCGGAUUAGUGCGAUCGAUCCGCUCUCUCUGAGCUCAAAAGUAGGAAUUCGCGAGCACCGCGGUACUAAAUUAUUAUUUUUAUACAGAAAUACCAGACGAACUCUUAGGGACGGCGCGAUGUUCGUGUGAACCAGUGAUACUUUUUAACUGUUCAGUAGAGUGUUGCUCCUGUAACCGGACAUUUAUGUAUAUUUUUGUAUAUAAAUGGAGAGGUAUACAAAGGCUACGAUGUAAAAAUAUCAUACGACUAUAAACCGGAACGUUCAUACCGACUCUAGACGUAAUUGUAAAGUAACUGCAUUGUUUUACUCGAAUCUCCGUAAUUGUAAUUUUUAUAUAAAGUUAUUUUUAUCGUAUUUAAUGUAACGUAAGUGGAAUGUCGAGGUGCCAUUAUACCGAUUUGUAUUCCUGUUCCUUUAAUCGUUAGUCCUUCAUUUCUCACUGCAUCGUGAUAAUACAUUUAUCAUAAGUAUAUUUGAUAAUUUUAUUAGUAAAGGGCUCAAAUACCUACAUAUUUUCAAAAAAGAUAAAAUGCAUUUAGUCUUCCUAUGGCGAUUAAUGUACUUUUGUAUUCGUUUAUUUUAUUUAUCCUAUUUUAAGUAGAAUGUAAUGUGAAAAUUAACAAUAUUGCCAAAUGAUCAAAUGUUAUUAGACUGAAAGUUUCAUCUUGCUAUGAUGACGUCUUAUAAACUCAUUCCUUGUAUUAUUUGUGAGUGUAUGAGCUGGCGAGUCCGCCGCGGCUCUGGUUCAAGGCUCAGGCUCAAGAGGUAGUGGUGGUGAAUAUAACGUAUGGCAAAUAAAAAUUACUUAUAACGAAUAGCCUUGGCUAUAAAUCCCUUCAGGAUGCGCUAAAUUAUAUCGUGGCAAUUGGCAGCGCACUACUUAGCAGCCGAACGUGACUAAUACCCUCGCGCGGCCAGUUAUUGCAAAUAGCGCGCUAGAAUGAUAACUCCGCAGUCAACAGCUAGAUACUAACCGGUAUACCUUACAGUAUUUUUACUCCUAUUUUGACGCUACUCUAUGAUUAGCGCAAAAAAAGCAUGCUAUAAAAUAUAGCAUAUUCCAUGUAGCAUGGUAGAUAAAACUAGGCGUUAAGUCCACCACUAUCAGGAGGGACGAUGCCGUACCGGUGGACCGCGCUACGUGAACUAACUAACUUGCAUAUCACACCUCUCCCUUUCCUAUAGCUGUGUACCAGAAUAUUUUGUCGUACAGUUGAAUUGAUCUCUUUUAUAGAUUAUGAGAUUACGUUAACAAUCAUAUUAUUGCGUAGUAUUAUUACUUUCCGUCGUGCAAGCCAAAGAGCAUGAUGUAUUUUUUAUUAUUUCUAUACAUUGUAAUGUUAAGAAUCGGUCUUAUAAGUAUACCAUAUUAAUGCCAUUUUAUUAGUGAAUGUCGAAACAAUACGCAAGUUCUUGUAAUUGUACUAUAAUACUGUAUAUUUGUAUGUAUGUAAACUGAGGGUAAUGCUCUGUUGUAGAAUGACUUGACCAAUCGUGUAACCGGCGGAUGACAUUAUAUCCGUCACUAGUACUCAAUGGCAUUAUUUCUCCUAAGUGUAAGCUAGAUUACCGUAAUAGAUUAUUUAAAUGACAAUGUGAAUAUUUUUAAUUAACAAGAUGAAUGUUACAACAUGUGAUUUCAAAAUAAUAAAAAAAAAACAAUAAAUUUUACAUGAA